UUUGUUUAGUCACACCAAUCAUCCAUUUGAUCGGAUGAUUAGGUGAUAAUCACAAUGAUAAUCUAAAAAUCUUCACACAAAACCAUACCAUCUAAUGAUAUCCAAUCCGAGAGAAAGCAAUGAGUCAAACAAAUGUGAUAAUAACUUCGGGUUCAGGAAAUCAGAUUAUUCACGUACCGGUCGGCGGCGGUGGUGGCAACAAGUCGUCAACCAAUCAUCGAUCGGCCACUCCUAUUGAGAUUGUCACAUCAUCGUCGGCCCACAUUACCAUCAAUAGGACAACUAAUCGACUUAGCGGUGACAACAAUAACCAGACUGGUUGGCAGCAGCGAAACAAUGGCAACAACAACAACAACACGAUCAGCAAUACUAAUGUACAAUAUUUGUCAACUAAUCGUUCGCUCCAGAGUUCUUCAUAUACCACAAACAGCAGGAGAGCCAACAAUAACAACACCGGACAUAGAGAUGUCUACAACAGCGAAGACAAUAGCGAAGUAAAAGCACUUUACGUUAAUCGAGAGUCAAGUGAUUCGAGAGAACAGCUACUACUGCCGUCGGAAACCUAUAUAAAACAAGAAGAUAUUGACGCCGAAGAGUUUGAAGAAUACGAAGAUGCUAUCGAUAAUGAGGGAGACUUUCAGAAUAUGGUCUAUUCGAAGACACAGUACAAAUGUUCCGGUUGUGGUAAAGGUUUCUGUUAUACCGGUUGGUUGGACAGACACAAACUGGCCAAUCCUGAGUGUCGGAACGCUCAGGCAAUUCAGGCGUCACAGUAUAUCGAACCGGAAAACAACAACAAUAGCAACAAUAACUAUUCGCCACAAUUUGGUUCGUCGGCUGAACGAAUCAGACCGAGUCUCGAGGGCCGACUACAGGAGCUAUUGGUCUGUCCGAACGAUGGCUGUAAUUUCAAAUCCCAUUGGAUCCAGUCGUUGAACAAACACGUGUCCAGUUCGUGCAAGUUUGUCCGCACUACAGGCGGUAGACGACAAUCGGAUGGUAUAACCACUAGACGAGUCCAGCAACAGGUUUGCCAUAUCUGUAGCAAAUCGUUUGCCGACACCGACCAGCAUAUUCUGCACAUGAAGAAUGUUCAUCAGAUAAAAAUCUAUUACCAAUGUUCCGAAUGUCGUAUCAAUUUUGAUAACAAACGCGACUCGGAGUCGCACAUCCAGGAACACCAUCGUAUGGGACUGUACUCUGUAAAGGAGAAUAUAGUGUCGACACCGAUCCGUUCGAAAGCUGCUGCCGACGCCAACGGACUGACAAACGGCGGCGGCGGAGGAGGAACUCAACAGUACUGGAAGUGCGAGCUCUGCAACAAAAGCUAUCUGUCGUUGCGGUCGUUUGAAAUUCAUCGGACGUCGUGUGAAAAGGAAAUGCAGGCCUCGUUUCAUAUUAACGACCAUUCGUCGGCGGCAUCGUCACAGUCGUCCUCUCAACGCAAUAUCCAACGAAAGACUCCCAGUCCCCUGAAGUAUACGAACUCUCCCACACAAUCGCAGACAUCGGACCCCGCCGUCGGCGCCAACCAAACGGCUGUCAAACACUUUAAACGUCAGCAAAUCGAAGCCAUUCACGACAACAACGACUUUUCCUGUCGCUAUUGUUCCAAACAUUUCGACAAUUCCUAUGCUCUGUGCAAUCAUCUGAGUCGUCGACCAGAUUGUCGCGAUUGGUAUUUGAAAAAUAUGACACUCGAGUUGAAGAAAACCAAUUCUGAACACUUGAUACGGCCAACAAAACGCGGAGCAUCGCGUUAUGUACUAAAUUCGGUUAAUAACCAUCACUUUAGGACAAACAAUAACAAUAACAACAAUCACCAUAAUAUUAAUGAUCCGGCGUUUGUUAUACCGCGUCGUCGGCGACCAAAGCCCGGUAUGGGCCGACACAAAACCUAUCUGUCAUCUUUGAAUCCCUGGACAAACUCCGCUCGUUGUCAGCGCUGUCGUAAAGUUUUUGUCGGCAAAAAUCCGACCGUUGCCUUAACCAACCAUUUGCGCGGUUCGACUUGUGUUCCGGCUAAAGCCUUUCAAAAACCUGAAGUGGUUCGGUCGCGGACACUGAACAAGACGAUUAAACCACCGCCACAUCGUAUGGCCAACAGUAUCGGCAAAUCGACAAACAAAUCGGUUGCCGAAAAUCGAUUCUAUUGUAAACUUUGUCCGCGCAUUGAACUAAAAAAUCGCAUCUCACUUGGCUGUCAUCUAACCAUUUAUCACGGCCUGCCGCAGGUUAACGUUACCACUUCCAAAGGUGACGGUUUUCGGUGUCAAAAUUGUUCGCAAAUAUUUGAAUCGAAAUACUUUUAUAAUAUCCAUCGAACCGAUUGUGAUCUUAAUUCUUCUUAUGUCGGCAUUGUUUCGGCCAACGAAAACGUUACAACAAAUACUACUGAUAGCCAAAACAAGUUGACGACAACUACCAUCACCACCGCGACAGAAGCAGCAACAGUAGCCGACACUGACUCUGGUAUCUAUUGUCAUUUGUGUGGUAAAACUGGAUUUUCCAAUAAAAAUCUACUGAAUAUUCAUCUAAAGUAUCAGUGCGUCAAACGCCGCCAACAGCCGAACAUUGGUCUCGGAAAACAACAGUUACCGAACAGAGAAUUGCAACAGAAAUUAAUUGUCAAACAACCCAUUCAAAUGGCAAAUCACGGCAACGAAAAGGACAACAAAACAGAUGCCAAUCUGACAAUGUGUGACUCAUGCGGAAGGGGUCCAUACAAUAGUUUCUAUUAUUUUAUGGAACACAAGAAAAAGUAUUGUACGGCACUGAAGGACAACAACAACGGCGCCAGCGUUAAAAACAAUGUCAGACUUGUUGGCCAACCGAAUCGGGCAAAGAAAUCGUUUCCCGAUCUAUUAGCGAACAACAAUAGACCAUCGAAUAAGACAAAUAAUGAAUUGUUUUGUUUGAAUCCAACUCUGCCGAGAGCUCGCAAAACGAUGAGCUAUCCUAAUGUAAACUCACCGCAAGUUAGCCACGAAUCAAGUGUUCCAGCAAUGGAUACCAACAACAACAACAAUGGUAUCACCAAUAAUGAUAGCGAUCACGAUGUUAUCAUUACUGUAUCCGAAAUAACCAAAUGUACGGUUUGUAGCGAAGACUUUGAUGACGUUCUCCUAUUUAUUCGCCAUCGAUUGAGUCAUAUUACACAAGACAUUAUGCAAAGCGAAUCAAUCGAUGCCAUCGAUUGCGAACUUUGUGGCGCUCGCGUUCAUCACUAUCAACGUAUCCAACAGCAUCUGAUACUUCAUCUGCAGAACGUUCAGAUACUCAAGAAGAAGAAUCUGAUCGAAGUGACAAAGAAGUCACUCGAAUCGAAAGAAGAUGACGACUAUAGCGAUGAAGAAGAUCCAGAAGAAGGCGACCAAUUACAUUGUCCGUACUGUAAGGCCGAGUAUGUGUCGCGAUUGGAACUGGCCAACCAUAUCAAGAGUACAUGUCCAUUUAGAUACCAGUGCUCCAAUUGCAAUAAUACCUACUUAGACAAGGCAUCCUAUUUGGAGCACAGAGAUGAAUGCAAUCGAAACGCUGCGAUCAAUAGGAUUGCGUCCAAAGCGCCGAAGUUUAAGUGCCGUAACUGUGGCCUUGAAUUCCGAAUCAAACAGCAACUUCUAUGGCACGAACACGCGUGCGGUAAGGUUUAUACAUCGGACCAUUCGGCAAGGGUUGAGGAAGUGAUUGAACGAACACUAUCUUGCAGUGUCUGUGGUCUUGUCAGUGAUAUUUACGAAAGCAAAGUCAGACACGAAUCCCAAUGUCUUAAUAAAUAUUUAGCAGUCAUCGGGAACAGUACCGAAGAAAUCAAGUCAAACAAUCCCAUCAUUUCGAAGCCGAUUAGCGAAUUGGACUUUGAUUUGACGAGUCUAUCAAAUAUAUCGCAAUCAUCUGAAGUACCCGAAGCACUCAUCAAUGAUCUUAAAGAAGAAUUCGGUAUUCGCAAAGAUGUCAAAGUAAUUAUCAAUGCAUUCGAUGAAGAAAUUGUCAGAAAAAUGAAGACCGAACUGUACUGCGAACGGGACGAAUCCAUACAAUUGGAAGCACUGAAAGAGUCGUUCAUGGCUUUGGUUCGCCGGUUAAUCAAAAACGAUGAACUCUUGCGCGAAAUGAGUAGCGAAGAGUCUAACGCCGAACUAGUAUUGUCGCGAAUGCUUCGCUAUUUGGGCGAAGAAGCCAUCGAACACAAUGGUCUGAAUGAACUGAACUGUUUUCGCCAGAAUCUGCAAACCUUUCUCAAGUUGACCAUCAAAGACGAUACACUGAUACUUGCCUACAGAGAUGCCGAAUCGGUUGACGAAGCCAUCAUCAAUAUGUUGAACUUUGAGUGCGAACUUCAUUGCUGAUGAUGACUGCCAUUAUUAUCGAUGAUCACCACCACUACUACUACUACUUCAUCCACGCGACUGAUGAAUAACUAUACACACAGACAUUCACACACACAACACACUCACUCACACAGACUAAUGGCUUCAAUCGACUUCAAUCAAUCACUUCUAUUUGAUCCCACACACGUGUGUGACAUUAUUUUAUUUAAUUAUUAUUAUUAGUUUAAUCUAAACUAUUU